AUGGUCCCCAAGUACUUGCUGAUGGCAGGAGUGAUGCUCUACCUCCUCCCUGAGUGCACUCAAGAAUGGAGCCAGACUCUGGAAAACAGUGAAAAGAGGGAAAUCGCUAUGCUUCUGAGCCAACUGCAGAAAACCCCGUCUCACUCAUGCCUGAAUGACAGAGCACACUUACAAUUUCCUUGGGAGAGAGGCAGUAGCACCUCAAUCCAGAAGAGUCAAGGCGCCUGUUUCUACCAACUGAUGCUCCAGCACAUGUUCGUGCUCUUCAGCACUAAGCACAGCCGCGCUGCCUGGAACCACAGCGUCCUGGAGAAGCUACUCUCAAGCCUUCAUUACAGCCUGGAACAUCUACAUCUAGAGCCCAGAGAACAGGGCAGCCCAGCUUGUCUCUCCUCGGGAAUGAAAGAACUUGUGAGAAAGUACUUCCGAAGAAUCAAGCUCUAUCUGAAGCAAGAGAAAUACAGUACGUGUGCUUGGGAGAUUGUCAGGGUGGAAAUUCAAGCCUCCUCUUUCCUCAUGAAAUAA